AUGAAGGCGGUUGCGAGGCUCAAGGCGCGGUCAAGUUACGUGAAGCCGCACCUCACUGAGGCAAACUGGUUCUACUUGACAAAGGUCAAGAAGCGUUUCUACUUGUACGAAGACGAAGAAAUGGCGCUGCGUUCUGUCAAGUCCAAGUCGUUCAUCACGAAGGUUAUGCUCCUUGCUGCUGUUGCCCGCCCGCGGUACGACUACUCCAAGCGCCAAAUGUUUGACGGCAAGAUCGGCGUGUGA